UGUUGUCAUUAUGCAAGUUUUAAAUCUCACUACGCGAUUAUUUGUUAGUGGUACAUUUAAUUUUUAUCUCUUCUAUAUUCAGUGACAUUAAUAAUUUUAUUCCACUGUCAUUAUUAAUAUUAUAGACAUUAAAUUAUGAAUAAAUAAUGAAGCAAAGCCAUAUCUACUUUUUCAAGAGAGAUCUGUGCAGGCCUGCAUAUGUUAUUUCCAUUGUCAUGAACAAAACUUUGUUUUACACUCAGAAGCUGGAAUUUUGAGCACAAUGGCAUUUUUUCAUCAGCUACGAUUGUUACUUUGGAAAAAUUAUACGUUAAAGAAAAGAUCUCCAUUUAUACUUGGCCUCGAACUUAUUGUUCCUUUGGUGUUAUUUCUUAUUCUGGUUUCUAUAAGAAAUCACCAACCGCCUUUGAAAAGGUCAGCAUUGACAUGGUAUCCAGAUGCAUUACCAUCAGCAGGGAUUAUUCCUCUGCUUCAGUCGUUUUGCACAAGUGGUUCAGUAAUUGGUAGUGAUGGCUAUAGACAUUAUCCGAAGGCUAGUGUGUAUAAAAUAUUAGAAGAUGUUGGAGAAGUGGCUAACACCCCAGUAUUUAACGCUGUUGUGGAUUUAAAAAACUUGCAAGAUGAUUUUAUUAAAUUUAAUUCUGAUCAAAUGUUUUCUAAACAUAAACGACAAAUUCAAGACUUCAAGCUGACUGAUGUACUUACGAAAAAUGGGACAUUACUGAAAACUUUUUUAUUAAACAAUUUAUCAAUGCCACAAAAUUUGAUGACUGAUUUGAUGAAGUCAACAUUUAAUGGUUCUGAAGUGUCUACAAUUUUGCUUGAAAAGAAUGAAAACUUAUUAAACAGUAUUUUGCACAGUAUUCAAAUUUAUGGUUUACCAACAUCAGAAGAAAUGAAAGAGCUACAGCAAAGUAUUAUAUUUCAAGCCAUGUUUGAUCCAACAUCUCUCUUCAAAGGAGCAACGUGGUUAGGUCUGCUGGCAACCUUUGGAAAUGUGCCUGGUGUAAGACCAAGUAAAAUAAAUUGGAAGGAAGUCGAAGAUUUUUUUAGGAAAGAAUAUCUUAACCCAGUUGAAAUUCAUAACCUAUCAUGCAGUGUACAAGUUUUUUCAAAAUUAUUAAUUUUACCAAGUGGCAAUAGAAAUGAUAGUCACCAAUUGCAAGCAUUCUUAUGUAACUUAAAUAAAACAGAAGUAAAGAUAUUAACUGAUGAGUUAAAACUUUCAUUCAACUGGAACCUUAUGACACAGAAGAUACGUGUUGUUGGUCCCACCAUGGAAGAAUAUAUGAAUCGAGCUACCAAAAUACGUGACGAUUUAACAAAGCUAAGUAACCUCGAAGAUGCUUUCAUGAAAUUGUCUAAGCUUGCAAAGGACCUUCAUUUAAAUCUGACGAAAGUUGACAGUAGGAAACAUAAAUCUCGACCACACCAACUAAGAUCGAAUGCAAAUGACAUGUGGAAUGUAUUAGCACCUGUUUUAUGUGGUACUCCACGAAAUAGUAAAAGUGAGGACAAGACAAAAGAAACUGGAAACUCUAUUCCUGAAAUGUUGGAUGGCGUUGGUGAAUCAACUAGGGCUUUAAAAGUUAUGCUUUACACUCUAACGCAUGACCCAAUGAUCCUUUAUUCACCUAAUGGAACUGCAGCUGAUGAAGUUAUGAACAAGUCUGGUCAUUUGUUGGACUUAUUAAAACAAACAAAGAAAAUUGGAACAAAAUGGUUAUCAAUGUCCCAAUCUUUUCAAUCACAACUGAUGUUGAACAAAACUCAAGAGACCUUAAAAGACCUAUUAGUGUCUGUUGAUAAAUUUCCUUUUAUGUAUGAUAAACCUUUUAACAUAAGCAAUGAUAUAUUAGAACAUUCGCCUGAAAAGUUAAGAGAAUUUCUUUUGGAACAUAACCAGACCAUAAAGUAUUAUACAAAUUUUACAAAAGCGCACAUAAAGAACAUUAUAAAUGCAAUGUUGACCCAAGCUGAUGGACAUAAUUCUGUGGUGAUGCAAUUGAAAUCUAUUGAUUACAUGGCAAAAGGCUGGAAGGCAGUGUUAGCACCCAUGAAACUUGAUAUAUUUUACGGUUUUCCAAAUGAGACAGCUAUGGUAAAAUACAUUAACAAUGUAACGUCUUCAAACAAACCACAAAAACCGAUUUUGUCUGCAGUUGUGUUUGAUAAUAUUAAAGAAGACGGCUCUUUACCUAAACAUAUAUUUUAUCGUAUAAGAAUGGAUGGUCGACUGCUUCCUGCUACACAAGAUGUCCGCUCUUCAUAUUGGACACCUAGUCCUUUUGUAGGGAGAGCUAAUUAUUUUUAUUAUGGUUUUGCUUGGAUGCAGGAUCAGUUAGAACGAGCAAUGAUUGAUGUUAUGACUGGAACAAACGUUACUUCGCCAGGUUUAUAUGUUCAAGAGUUGCCAUAUCCAUGCUAUUUAAGUGAUGAUUUCAUGUUUGUCAUACAAUACAUUAUGCCAUUGUGUGUUGUUGUAUCGUUUAUCUAUUCUGUUGCAAUCCUCGUUCAAUGUAUCGUUCACGAGAAAGAACAACGAUUGAAAGAAGUUAUGAAAAUGAUGGGUUUAAGUAAUGCGGUGCAUUGGACGUCGUGGUUUAUAACAAGUGCCACUACUAUGAUCCUUGUAGUAGUUUUGUUGACUAUUGUAUUGAAGGUUGGUUCGAUAUUGAAGAAUAGCAAUCCGUUGAUUAUCCUGAUAUUUCUAUUGUUAGCUGCAGUGGCUACAAUAAACUUCUGUUUUCUUAUAAGCAUUUUCUUUUCGAAAGCAAAGUUGGCUGCAGCAUGUGGAGGCAUCAUAUACUUUGUAACCUACAUGCCCUAUGUGUUUAUAUCUAUACAAGAAAGAGGAAUUGGUCACGGAAAUAUUGGAUUUAAUUUCAAAACAAUUGCGAGUUUAUUUUCCACCACAGCAUUUGGAUUGGGUGCUCGAUAUUUUGCAUUGCAUGAACAAAAUGGCAUUGGUGUGCAGUGGUACAAUAUUGCCUCCAGCCCUCUGGAAAACGAUACUUUUAAUCUGGCACAAGUUUUUAAAAUGUUGAUUGUUGAUACAUUUCUAUAUGCAAUACUUGUUUGGUAUAUUGAAGCAAUUCACCCUGGUGUAUAUGGCAUUCCAAGGCCAUGGUAUUUUCCUUUUCAGCCAUCAUAUUGGUUAGGUCCAAACGUUAAUUGGAGUCCUGAUGUUGAUUGCUUUAAGUCAUAUAGACGAGUAAGAGGUCAUUCACAAACGAAUAUAGACCAACCAAAUACACCUGCAUUGUUGGCAGUUGAAAGUGAACCAAUACAUUUACAAUUGGGUGUUUUUAUCGAUAAUUUAGUAAAGGUUUAUAAGAAAGGAAGUCCGCCAGCAGUUGAUCAUCUUUCAUUAAACUUGUAUGAAAGUCAAAUCACCUCUUUUCUUGGACACAAUGGAGCAGGGAAAACAACCACAAUGUCUUUGUUAACUGGACUAUUCCCAUCUACUUCGGGAACUGCUUAUAUCUAUGGUAAUGAUAUACACAAAGACAUGGAUAAGAUUAGACGAAGUCUAGGACUGUGUCCACAACACAAUGUAUUAUACAGCAAAUUAACCGUGGAGGAGCAUUUGUGGUUUUACGCACGGUUGAAAGGAAUGCCAGUCAAGCAGGUCGAGGAGGAAACUAAUAGGAUAUUAGAAGAUGUAGGACUGCCAGAAAAAAGAAAGAGUUUCGUUGAUACCUUGUCAGGUGGUAUGAAGAGAAAGUUAUCAGUAGCAAUGGCAUUUGUUGGUGGAUCCAAAACAGUAAUACUGGAUGAACCGACGGCAGGGGUGGAUCCAUUUGCUAGGAGAGCAAUCUGGGAAUUAUUAGCGAAAUACAAAGAAGGAAGAACGAUACUUCUAUCAACACAUUUCAUGGACGAGGCGGACAUUUUGGGUGACCGAAUAGCAAUUAUAUCGCAUGGGAAAUUACGUUGUUGUGGCUCCUCCUUGUUUUUAAAAACGAAAUUCGGAGAUGGAUAUCAUUUAACUUUGGUCAAAGAAACCAAAAAAGAUACACUUAAUAAGAUUUCAACAGAAGCUAUUACAAAGUUUAUAAAAGGAUUUAUACCAUCAGCACAAAAGAUUUGCGAAACACAAUACGAACUGUCAUACAUUCUACCUGACAAGGGAAAGGAAAGAAAAGGAAUGUUGCGAAAACUGUUUGAGGGGUUGGAAGAAAAUAAGCAACAGCUUGGUUGCAAAAGUUUUGGUUUACAAGACACAACUCUGGAAGAGGUUUUUCUAAAAGUAACAGAAGCUACUGUAGUUGGUGAAGAUGUAGAUGAACCUAAUGAGCUUGUUGGUACUAUUGAUGAAAUCCUUCCAACAGUUCAAUCACCUUCAGAAGAACCUCUUAUACCACCACUUCAAUCACCGACCUCACCUCAGACAAUAAGUUCUCCACUGUCUGACACCGAUACUAUCACAAGCAUACCUACCAAGUUUUUAAUUGAAAAGAAACCUGGUCACAGAAGGUCAUUUUCAACUGAUUUAAUUGACAGCAAACUGCACAGCAGAAGACACCAAGCUGCUCCACCUGUUUGUGCCCAUCGACGUACAGCAUCAGGAGGCUUUUGCGGUCACCGCCGAUCUCUUUCUAGUGAUUUGACAUUUUCACUCACAGCCAACGAUACCAAUACACCGGAAACGAUAAAGAAAGUGUCGAAGCACAAACGAGUUCCAUCUGGAGUUGCAAAAAUGCAUGCAGUGGGUAGCGAGGCAUGGCAGUGUCAUGCCGGUGGAACAAAAACUGUCAACGCUAACAUGCGGAGGUGGCAACAAUUUUACGGGUUAUUGAUAAAACGUUUCCAUCACAGUCGAAGAAACAUCAAAGGGUUACUAACACAUAUAUUACUGCCGGGUAUAUUUAUUUCCAUUGCCAUGACUGUUGCGUUAUCUCAACCGAAAGACCAACUUUACCCGCCUCUUACUUUAUCACCAUCAAUGUUUCACCCUCCGCCCUAUUAUAUACCGUUUAACAACAACAAAAAAGGUGCUUUUAAUAUGCCUGAAAAAAUGGAAAAUACUUUUAAUUUGGCAUCAGGUGUCGGCAGUGAUUGUGUUUUACGAGAUUCCAAUAUGACAUUCACUCAUGCUAUGUCAGUAAGAGAUUUAAGAAGAAAUUUAUCAGCUUACUUUGAUAAAUUUUGUUCACAGCAAGUUGGUAAAAAAUAUGAAAUUCCACGCCCAAGAAGAUUCGUACAAAAUUUAACACAUAGUGAAAGAAGAGAGAGUUGUUACUGUGAGCGCUCGCAGUGGCAUUGUGAUGAUACUGUGGAAAGAAACACCAAAGAAUUUACCACUGUUACCUUGGAUACAUUAAUAAACGUAACACAGAAGAACUUUCAGAAGUAUCUGCAGAACACAAACUUUAUGUACAAGAGGCAGAGAUACGGCGCGUUAACAUUUGGUGAUGAACAAGAAGCUGUUCCUGUUCAAAUCAAAAACUCUCCACAUCUCGAAGUCCGAAAACUUUUUCUUCGUGAUUCUGCAAGGGUUUGGUUUAGUAAUCGAGGAUUUCAUGCUAUGCCAGCUUUUAUUAAUGCUAUGGAUAAUGCAAUUUUGAGAGCGUCCAUCACUCCCGAAAUGGGUGACCCCGCUGCAUACGGAAUCACUGCUAUAACACAUCCAUUGAACGUUACCAAAAAUGUAUUAAAUCUUGACUCAAUAAAACAAGGAACAGACACUAUUAUCGCUAUCUUCGUCAUCAUUGCUAUGUCAUUUGUCCCUGCCAGUUUCGUCGUGUUUCUUGUCAUGGAGAGAACAACAAAAGCGAAACAUAUUCAAUUUGUUAGCGGUGUUAACCCAGUGUUGUACUGGCUGUCAAAUUAUGUGUGGGAUUUUUUAAACUUUUUGAUACCAGCAAUGGCAUGUAUGGUAAUCUUCCAUAUCUUUAAUGUUCCUGCGUAUGCAUCGCACACGAAUUUUCCAGCUGUUUGUGCACUGUUUAUAUGUUAUGGAUGGUCAAUCACACCAAUGAUGUAUCCAGCAUCGUUCCUGUUCAAGGAAGCAAGUACAGCUUAUGUGGUGUUGAUUCUAAUGAACCUCUUUCUUGGUAUAACAUGUACUGUUACCACAUCGAUAUUGCAGUUGUUUCCAAAUGAUCCGCAACUGACUAUGGCGUUCCAUGUUGUGAGGUUAGGUUCACUCAUCUUUCCUAACUAUUGUCUUGGAAGAGGUUUGAUGGAUCUUGCUUAUAACGAACUUAUGAACAUCGUACACGUGCAGAUUGGUCAAUCUGAUAAGGUUAGAUCUCCAUUUGAAUGGGACAUUGUGCUAAGAAGUUUGGUGUGCAUGUUAUCUGAAGGAUUUCUAUUUUUUCUCAUCACGCUGCUUAUUGAGUACAGAUGCACAAUAAAGCGAAAGAAUGUGACAGUGAUGGAUGAUGCAGUAGAAGGUGAAGACUCGGAUGUCGCUGAUGAAAGGCAACGUGUUCUCAGUGGGGGUGCUGACGAUGAUCUGCUGCGUUUAGAAAACCUUACUAAGAUAUACAAUUCAAAGAAAACAGGAAAACACUUAGCUGUAAACCGAUUGACUUUAGGUGUUUCUAAAGGAGAGUGUUUUGGUUUACUUGGUGUUAAUGGCGCAGGCAAAACAACCACCUUCAAGAUGUUGACUGGUGAUGCUAGUGUGACGGCUGGUGAAGGUUUCAUCGAGAAUAGAAGUGUUGUUCGUGACCUGCUUCAAUUACAAAAGUUGAUUGGUUAUUGCCCACAGUUUGACGCGUUGAUUGAUCAUUUAACUGCUGAAGAACAUAUAUAUUUGUACGCUCGUUUGAAAGGAAUACCUGAGCUAGAAAUUAAAGAGUUGUGUUCGUGGCUGAUAAAGAAGAUGGCAUUAUCUCGUUAUGCGAAGAAACCAUCGAGAACAUACAGUGGUGGAAACAAAAGAAAACUUUCCGCCGCAAUUGCUCUUAUCGGAAAUCCUUCAAUUAUCUUCAUGGACGAACCGACCACUGGAAUGGAUCCUGGUGCACGUCGUUUUUUAUGGAAUGUUAUCCUGAGUAUUAUACAACAAGGAACGCGAUCUGUUGUGUUGACUUCGCACAGCAUGGAAGAAUGUGAGGCAUUGUGCACAAGACUUGCCAUCAUGGUGAAUGGACAAUUUCAAUGUAUCGGUAGCACACAGCAUAUUAAAAACAGGUUUGGUGAUGGGUACAUUGUUGUAGUUAGAGUGAAGGGAAAUCAACCGGACAUGACUCCAGUGAUGAAUUUUAUGUUGGAAGCUUUCGAAGAUUGUAUAUUAAAGGAGUGUCACCAUAACUUUGCACAAUUUCAAAUCCUGUCCGACAAUAUCUCACUUGCUCAGAUUUUCGCCAAGAUGGAAGAAGUGUGCGUAGAUUUGGAAAUCGAAGAUUAUUCAGUCAGCCAAACCUCUCUGGAUAAUGUGUUUGUCAACUUUGCUAAAUAUCAAACUGAUAAUACUUUGCAGAACGAUCCCUCUUUUAUGCAAGCAACCAACAGCUCAAGAAUGUUAUCUUUAAAAACAAAAUGGCGGAAAAUGAAACGAGCGCUUCCAAGCAGAAAGAGAAGUAAGAAUUCUACAGAACUUCUUCGAAUUCCAUCCGAGGCAAGUGGAAGCAUAGGAGAAAACGAAGAUGAAGUAGCGUUGGAAGAUGUUGAUUCAUUUUUAUUUCCUGAAGAAACAACAAGGCUGGCUUUAAACGUUUAGUACAUAUUUUGUUUGGCGCGUCGUAUAAGACGUUUAUUACUCGUUUGGCGCGUCGUAUAAGACGUUUAUUACUCGUUUGGCGCGUCGUAUAAGACGUUUACUAUCGUUUGGCGCCCUGUUUGGAAUGUUUAGCACUGCAUCCAUGGCUUGGUGUAUCUUCGGAAUGCAUUUCGUCUUUUUUCUUGUCACCUUUUUAUACAUAUAUUUUUGUAAAAACGACAAAAGAUUGUUCCCAGCCUGCUAGAUUUCCAUAAAUAAAUAUCACAUUUUUAUAAAUAAAACGUAGGCUGGGGACGAUAUGGGUGUGUAUUUUUUCGUAUAUUUUUAGCCUGAUGUCUUAAUAUAUUUUGCAUAGUGACAGCAUCCUUCGAUUUUAAGGUUUCCUUAAAUCUGGCGCUCUUGCAACUUUGUUAGCUUGAAAGGUGAAAAGAAGGUGCUAUUUUCUAAUUUAUUUUAGUUCAUUCAAACUUAAAAAAUAGUAUAUUAUUUAUAUAUAGAAACGACACAUUUCGUAUUUUAUGCACUUUACGAAUCGUGUUGAGAGAGGUUAUGUUUCACCAUCCACGCACCCAUGUACCCGCCUCAUUUUAUUAUUAUUAAAGUUGUUGGUGUUAUUAUUUUUAUUAUUGUUGUUGCGACUUUUGUGAACUGUGGAACAUAGUUUCUGAAUGCGCUGGCAUGUCGUCCUGACUUGGACAAUUUUCUACACGAUUUCGGAUUUUUCUUUUAUUGCGCAGUUGGUUGGGUUUAAAGGUUAGGCACCAGACAACAAGAUAAAUAGAUGGCUGUAUGACAUUUUAUUGCCUAUCUGUAUUAUAAUACCCGUUUACAUCUGUCUGUCUGUCUGUCUGUUACGCGAAAUGGUAGCUUAGCUGCGCAAGUAGCUAGACGAACGUGAUGCGGUAUAAAAAGGACGGGCGAACCCGUGGAUUUUUUCACGGGUAACUGACUAGUAUUCUUAAUUCUCCGAAAAAAAGUUAUUUUCGAAUACGUUUCCUUAUUGACCAGUUCGAUUUACAUUUUUUGUUAAAGUAUUUGUUACUAUUUUGUCUUCUCUUGAAAAGCAAAAGGCAAUGCAGAGUUCUAAAGACGCCCGACUUUAGUGCUGUUGUUGUCAAUAACACUCAAUGUUCAAUAUUUUCUUAUUUUACGGGAUGGUCACGUGAUGUUGUGUGUUUGUUGACAUGCGAUGGUUUUGUUUUGUUUUCUGUUUUUAAGUUUUACACCCAUUUGUAAAUUUAUUUUUAUGUUUGAUUUUUUAACUUUUUAUCAAGGCAAAUUGCUUUACUGUUUUCUUUUCUAAAUUCUCUCUAAAAAGUGAAAUAAAAAUUUAAACCGGCGGUCUUUCUGAAACGUAAAAAAAACAACGGAUAUAGCUAACCUUGUUGUUUGUUCUUUUUCUGUUGUUUUCUUUUUCAGAAGAUUUAAGUUCUAAAGAAAUACUUUUAUUACUAUAAAAUAUAUUAAAUUAUAUUCAUAUCACGAUUUUUCAAACUAUAUGUACCUAGGAAGUAAAAAAAAAACUGGGUACGAGGUGAAAUGUGAAAUUUGUUUAUUUAUUUGUUAGAGUUUAAUAAUUUAAAAUGUAACUUAUUUUAAGUGAAAAUUUUGUUAAUCUUCAAA